GAAGAAAACGCGCUACAGUAGAGAUUCUGUGAUGCUAAUGCCAUGCCUCUAUAACCGACAUGAAUUUUCCCUCAACCUCCACCUUCCUCCCCCACUGUUACUGCGGUUAUUUUCAGUGAACCUCUUCUUUAUCUUCUCGCCCGAAACCCCCCUUCUCUCCUCCCAUAAUCUAGGGCUCCCAAAUAAUCAAAAUCGUCAAUCUCUCUUAAAUCUACUCCUAUUUCAAUCUCGAAACCCUAGGAUAUGAUGCAACAACACAAUAAGAAGAAGAAGAAGCGAUCCGCUUCACGUGCCUCUAAACCCAUCGCACUUGACGGAGGUCAGGGUCAACAAUCGCAACAGCAACAAAAUCUGGAGCAGAGUCAGGAAGGAACCAAAGUAGUUGAGGCUUUAAUGGAAGCUUUUGACUCGAUCUCUAUAGAAGAAGCCGAAGAGGCUUAUAGGGAAGCGAAGGGAGAUAUUAACAAAGCGGCGCAGAUUUUGGAGAAUUUGAUGGAAAAUAGUGAGGAUCCAUCGACAAGUUCCUUUUCGAGUGGGUUAUCGGGUUUUGGUUUGGGUUCGAGCUCGAGUAGUAGUGCGGGUUCGAGUUCGGCUUCAAGGGAUGGGUUUUUGGAGGGGAAUUUGGUGAAUAGGAAAGGGUUUCGUGGAGGGAACAAGCAGAAGAGAGUUUUGGCGGUUACGGGGACGGUCUCGACGGUUUUAGGGAAGGAGUAUGUUAAGGCCAGCCCGAGAAGGGAUUCUAUGAAAGCAAAGGACUUUGGGAAUGGUGUUGUGGAGAAAGAAGAGGCGGAACAGUUUUUGUGUUCGAUGCUUGGUAAUGAUUGUGAGCUCAGCAUGGGUGUUGUUAGAGAUGUUCUUUGUCAGUGCGGAUAUGAUGUUGAAAAGGCGUUGGAUGUGUUGCUUGAUUUAUCAGCUUCCCCCCAUGAACAGUCAAGAACUGGUAGACAUGUUAAAGAUUCUGUAAACUAUAAACAAGAUUCCAGAUUUCUUGUUGAGCGCAGUGACAAUUUGACUGAUGUGGCUUCUGAUUGCACUUCCCAUUCUUCUGAAAAUGAACUUCAGGAUAGUGUAUGGGGCUGUGGUUACAGGAAUUAUUAUCAGGCCCUUACUAGUUUCGAAGCUCCAUCUUCAACUACCCCAAUAAGCAAUGAGUCAAAUCUCCCUCAAAAGGUUCUGGAAUGUUUGUUCAAUGUUCCCAUGAGUUCUGAACAUGAACCAAGCACUAUGAAUUGGAGGAAUGUAGUAAAGAAAAUGCAAUCACUGGGGCCUGCUGUUGAUGUCUUUCCAUCUAUUGAUGCACUUCCUCAGCAGAAUAACUAUGCCAAUGGUGAAGAAUAUCAUCUUCUUAGAGAAUCUGCAAAGCGACACUGGAAUUCAAGGACCUCGUACUAUCAAAAAGCUGCAGCAGCAUAUUCAAAGGGAGAGAGGGGGUAUGCAGCUUACCUUUCAGAUCAGGGGAGGAUACAAACUAAGUUGGCGCAGGAGGCAGAUAAAAAGGCAAGCCAGGAUAUCUUUAAAGCUAGAAACAAGGGCAUAACAAAUGUCAUAACAAUUGACUUGCAUGGGCAACAUGUCAAACAAGCAAUGAGGGUUUUGAAACUUCAUCUUCUAUUUGGAACUUAUGUGCGCUCAAUUCAAACUCUCAGAGUAAUCACAGGAUGUGGGAGUCGUGGUCUGGGAAAGUCAAAAGUCAAACAAGCGGUCACAAGACUCCUGGAGAAUGAAGGUAUUGAAUGGAGUGAAGAAAACCAAGGAGUGUUGUUAAUCAAGAUUGAUGGAUACAAAGAGUAUAGCUUUCCAGAUAUAGAUAGCGAUACUGACUAAUUGUAUCCCAAGCUAAGCAGUCGAGCACACAACAGGUUUUCUCGUUAUAUUGGUUAACAAUCAAUAGGGAUUCACGGAUCAGGUACUGUAAAAUGUUAAAGAAUAGGUUUCAGAUGUUAAUAUCCAUGCAGUAGCUCCGUUCCUUUAUGGAGGUAGGUGAAAGAUGAGCUAGACUAGGGUGUACCUAAGCUGGUAGAUUAAGCUCCUCUUCGUGUUCUGAACUUGUAUUGAACCCUCCCUUUCUAACUGUCAUUGGUAGAUUAUGCUCAGGGAUUGUAAGUUAUAAAUUGACCAAAUUACUUGUUCUUAUUUAAUAGUUAUUGGAAUUUCACAAAACAA